AUGGCGCCUCCACUGGAAGAUGUUAGACCAAAAUUCGAACUCAAGAAUCGAAGCUACAUCGUGACUGGAGGAGCACAAGGCAUCGGAUUUGCCUGCGCUCGUGCCAUUUGCGAAAUGGGCAGCAAUGUAGUCAUCAUGGAUAUCCAGGAUCAGCCAGUCGAAGAAUACAAAGGUUUAUCCUCAAAAUUCGGCGUUAGGACCGAAUACAUCAAGACAGAUGUUACAAUAAAGGAAUCGCUAAACUCGUCAUUCGCAAAAGCGAUUGAGAUACUGGGAAGUCUGGAUGGGCUGGUCCCUUGUGCUGGAAUUGCAAUCGAUAAACCAUUCACGGAACAGACGUGGGCUGAGAUGACAAGGAUACAGGAAUUGAAUGUUCGUGGGGUAUUCUUCUCAGAGUUAAUCGCCUCGCAAUGCGCUCAUGUGGCUAUUCCAGGAUACCGCAUGGCAGCUUACAACGCUUCCAAAGGUGCUGUGAGGAUGCUUGCUAAAGCACUUGCUGUAGAAUUGGCCAAGUGGAAAAUUCGUGUAAACACCAUUUCUCCCGGAUUCAUCGAUUUAGAUAUGACAAAGGCAGUACGGGACUUGAAAAACGCAAUCGAGGGCGAGCAAAUGUGGAAAUCACCACCAUUGAAACGAAUUGGGACGCAGAAUGAUUUGACAGGAGCUAUCAUUUAUCUGUUGAGUGAUGCAAGCAGCUACACUACUGCGGUUGAUAUCCCUAUCGAUGGCGGGGUUCAAGCUGGAAGGAUCUAUGUAGAAAAUUAG